AUGGCCCAGUUAGUCGGGGUCGUGUCUAGCGCCAUCACGUUCACGGCUCUAGCUAUACAAGUCGGCAAGUCUGUUCAAACCCUCAAAGACUACUGGGAUUCAAUGCGCGACGCGCUUGAUGAUAUUCAAUGGAUUUUGCGAGAGAUUGAGAUGUUCAGUUCCAUAAUGGCUCAUAUUGAAGCGGACUUAGCCCGGAAAGUCGUCUUGGUAGGAGCGUCAGACAACCACCAUGUUUCGCAAAGCCUGAGCAUCUCCGAAGAGGCUGUGGAAGGAUUAGAUCCUCUUUGCAAGAGCUUAAUGAAGGCUUUCAGCACAUCUAGCCGACUACGCCGGUCUUACUAUGCCGCAAACAAAGUGCUACGUCGAAGGGAAAUUGAGAAGCAGAUCUCAAACUAA